CUUGUAUGAUGAAAGAAUCCAGUUCUGAAGAGAGUAGUUUUGAAAAAGUACAAGCUGAAUUUGAGUUUUUUGAUCCUACAUUGGACGAUGUUGCUGCUAUUCAAAGGUUUCUAAGAGAUUGGGUUGGAAGAGACAACUUGGUAGAUACAUCUGCUUUAGCACAAGUAAUUGGAGAACAAGAUACUGUGGUAAUGAGUAUCUAUAUACUGAGAACUAUAGAAGGUUAUACGGUUGUGAUAGGGAACGGUAAUUCGUCUUGAAGACUCGAGUGAUUGUUUAGG